AUGGCGCUCCAGACAUGCAAGCGCUGUCGCAAGAGACGCAUCAAGUGCGACUUGCAACUGCCCUCGUGCAGCUCGUGCCAGCUCGCCGACGCCGAGUGCCUGUUCUUCGACGACUCUCUCGGCCACGAGGUUCCGCGCAGCUACUUGCAUGCCCUCAACGUCAAGGUAGAGGAGCUCGAGGCCGAGAUCCGAUCCUUCAGAUCUCCCCAGCCCGCUCCCGUUCCGCAGCUCCCCGUCCAUGUCGCCUUGGACGACUACAGCCUGCAGCCGCCGAGCCAGGAGCCCGCCAAUCCGCGAUAUGCCUCCUCCGACUCCUACCUUGGCCCGGGGAGCUCGGCCGAGCUUCUUGACAACCUCCUCACCACUCUAGUGCGCCGCAAGCUGUCAAGCCCGCAUUCACCCUUGCCCAAGUUCGCAUCCACCUUUCGUGACGGCAGUGAUGAGCACACCCUUGCCUUUCCCGCCCUGAACCUGAAAAUCAACCCGGGAAAGCUGGACACUCAGUCUCUGCAGCACCCUCAAGUCCAGCGCGCCCUGAUCGAGUAUUACGCAAAAGCCGUCCAGCCGAGCUUUCCGCUCCUGUCGCCUGCCCAGCUCAGGCUCCUUCUUGGCUACGAGAAUCCCCUCCGUCAAUCCUCCAACGAUUGCGAGAGACUUUUGAUCCAUGGCAUGCUUGCCAUCUCUUCCCAGCUGGUUGCCCGCGAUCUGGACCGAGACCAGACCAUAGCCGCCUCUCUGUGGACCGAGAAGCUCUUCGACCAUAUCAAUCGCAUAUACUCACACUCUGCUUCGGACGCCAUCAACGGAAGACAUACCGUCCUGGCCCAAUGCUUCCUUGUCUUGCUCGACUUGAUCAUCCCAGGCAGCUCCCGCGGAUCGACGUGGGAAAUUGUUGGUUCCGCAUCUGGCAACUACGCUGCCUUGUGUGAGGAGACGGACUCGUUCGAUGACGACUGCCAGCGCAUAGGCUUCUGUCUCUUUGCAUUCGAGAGCACCGUGGCCUGUCACUUUCACCGGCCUUCGCUUUUCUGCAACUCGGCUCCAUCUCGCCUCGGCGCUUUCUCGCCCGAGUCCGAGUUUCUGUCGCCAUCACUGCACGUCUUCCGCGCAAUGUACUCCAUCAACCAGCACUUCACCUUGGAUCCGGAUCCCUCUCCCGCCGCCAUGGAGGCUCUGAUACCUGCAACUUUCCGGAUCCCAGCAAGCGCACGUCCUUCAGAAAUGUCGUUGGCGCAGGCGCAGAUCUACCUCGCUCUGCAUCCGCUUUUCACAUCUCCAUCGGCCGGUCCGCACAGCUGCUCUCCAGAGCUGUUGAACAACAUUGCUGGUGCUGCUUCUGCCUUCAUAGCAUGCACGUCGAAGCUGAACAGGGAACACCGCAUCAUCAGCAUCUGGACCACAGCCGAAUCGGUUCUCCAAGCUGGCGCAGUCUGGGGCGCAUAUUUGAUUCUUAGCAAACAGGAAGAUCCCAGCAUCCUUCCAACCCGGUCCAUCGGUGCUUUUGGAUCAGGAUCAUUGAUGGAGCCUCUUCUGCAAUGCUCCUCUCUGUUGGCGUCUUUUGCCGAAAGAUGGAAACCCGGCCGCCAUUACUUCCAGGCUUGGGAAGCUUUUGUAGAAAUGCUUUGGGCUGAUACGGAUAUACAAAGAAGAGCUUCGUCCAACUACCAAAGCCAGCACGAAUUAUUGGUCUAG